AUGCCAACUUCUUCCCCAACACCUGGAACAUCCGCUUACACUCCAAUCACUGUUCCAGAACAACAGAAGCGGGCUCCAACAAGAACUGCUAAGAUCUUGAGCUGCUGCAGAAUUGGCUGUAUAACACUUGCUGGGAUAGUUGGAAUUUACAUGAUCGUCAUUUUCAUUUAUAAUGCAAUAAUAUAA